GGGAAAGCCGAGGGUUGGGACUUUGCGAAGCCAGGCGAGCUCCCGGAGGACGCGGCGGCGUUAGAACGAUGGCGCUCUCGGAGAGAGAGGGGAGGAGUACCUGUCUACACUUGGAUAAGAGUGAGCCCUAUUCAAGAGGCCGCCUAGUGACCUUCAGCAUUCGAAGGCCAGACCCGAACACAGUAACCCGCCGCAUUGAGCGGCAUGGAGGUCAAAUGAACGCCUCGUCUCCGGCACGCGGCAUUGAACAACUCUUGAGUGCUGGGCCCAUGAGAAUCAAGAAUUGGAGAGGCAUUGAGUAGAUCUUGAAAAAUGUGGGCCAUAUAAUUGGCAAAGCAGAACAUCUAUGAUGGCACAAGGUGACCUGAAGAAGGGAUUUGAAGGCUUUGAUUUUACAUCCCUGUUCCAUUUGGAUUGGUAGGAAUUACUGGGUAUCAUUCUUGAAUUUUUGGUUUCCUAUAAGUUUCUUAUUAAGGCUACUUCUACAAGCCAUCACUUUGAAACUGUUUGAGCUCAGAGACACUUGAAGCAAACAUUCCAACUCCGAACUUCAGUUUGGGCAUAAAUUCCACGUUUGCUCCCUUAUAUUAAAGAGAAAAUGCUGCUAUCAGUGACUUCCAGGCCUGGGAUUUCGACUUUUGGCUAUAACAAGAGCAACAAGAAGGUCAGUGUUAUGAUGGCAUCACUUUGUGGCUGUGUAUAUGACUCGUGUGUGUACAUACAGCCAUAUGUGUCAUUGUCUCAGCAGAUGGCACCACCUAGUCCAAGCAACAGUACCACGAACAACAGCAGUGGGAGCAAUGGAAAUGACCAGUUGAGCAAAACCAACCUCUAUAUCCGGGGAUUGCAACCAGGCACUACUGACCAGGACCUAGUCAAAUUGUGCCAGUCAUAUGGCAAGAUUGUCUCCACUAAGGCCAUCUUGGACAAGAGCACGAACAAAUGCAAAGGCUAUGGCUUUGUGGACUUCGACAGUCCUUCAGCAGCGCAAAAAGCUGUCGCGGCGCUGAAAGCCAGUGGUGUACAGGCACAGAUGGCGAAGCAACAGGAGCAGGACCCCACAAAUUUAUACAUAUCAAACCUUCCACUUUCAAUGGAUGAGCAAGAACUGGAGGGGAUGCUGAAGCCCUUUGGCCAGGUUAUCUCCACUCGAAUCCUCCGAGAUACCAGUGGGACCAGCAGAGGGGUUGGCUUUGCAAGGAUGGAGUCCACAGAGAAGUGUGAAGCCAUCAUCACCCACUUUAAUGGAAAAUAUAUUAAGACACCUGCUGGAGUACCAGCCCCAUCUGAUCCCUUGCUUUGCAAAUUUGCUGAUGGUGGUCCAAAGAAACGACAGAACCAAGGGAAAUAUAUGCAAAAUGGACGGGCCUGGCCAAGGAACGGAGAUAUGGGUGGUAUGGCCUUGACCUAUGACCCUGCCACAGCUCUUCAGAAUGGGUUUUACCCGGCUCCUUAUAACAUCACCCCCAACAGGAUGCUUGCUCAGUCCGCCCUCUCCCCCUACCUUCCAUCUCCUGUGUCUUCUUAUCAGAGAGUAAGUCAGACAUCUCCUCUGCAAGUACCUAAUCCGUCCUGGAUGCACCCCCAGUCGUACCUCGUGCAGCCUCCAGGUUCUGUUCUGCCACCAGGGAUGGAUCACCCCAUUUCUCUCCAGCCUGCCUCCAUGAUGGGACCCCUCACCCAGCAGCUGGGGCACCUCUCCCUCAGCAGCCCAGGCACGUACGUGCCAGCGGCCGCCCCCGUGCCCGGAGCUUACCUCUCCCCGUACGCGCCCGCGCCUUCUUCCGGUGUUGCAGCCGAGGAGAGCAGCGGCCAGCAGACUCAAGUGCCGGUGGAGGCUCCCUCAGACCCCGGGCUCUACUCUUUCCAGUACAACAAGUAGCAGCGUGGUCUGGAAGCGAACCCGCCAUGUCUCUGAGACGUGCCUGGACAAAUGGACUCUUGGAAAGGCUGAUGCUCCCGAACUCCCGGGGGCUGACCAGGAGUACAGCCCCGCUGUGGGCCCUGCUAAGGACUAACACUUGGGCA